CUCAACUGAUACCGUCUAUAAAUGUCUUAGGGCGUUCAGAACAGAGGGAUAGCACCUCAUUUCAAAAGAGCAGCGAUGAGGACAACUUCUCUCUUUGGAUUAUAAACUGUUUCAAACUCUGAGAAACAACAUUACAGGAAGUACUCCAAGACGAAUCAAAGAGAGUCAACUGAGAUCCCCCCCCGGAGACACUUCAGGCUAUCUCUCUGACCCAGCCAUGACCUGCGUCCACCCCCAGCACGCCACCCUGCCUUACCCUGACAACUCCUUCUGCAUCCCAGAGUUUGAGAGUUUGGACUUCAGCUCCCGACUGUCCAUGGACAUGAGGUGCCAUCCCUCCCCACCACCCCAACCGGGACUGGGCUUCCUGGCAGGGCCCUUCUCGGGUGACCUCGAUGCCUACUCAUGCCAGAUCACCACCGCCGCCCCCGCAGCGGCCCCCGCCGACCAGGAGUCCCCUUUCCGACUGGACGACCUGCAGGUGUACGGCUGCUACCCCGGCUCCUUCGAGGUGAGCUACCUGGACGAGGCCCCCUCCCCCGGGGGCUCAGAGUACUUCGGGAGCCCGGCCUCCGUCCCGUCGCCUUCCACCCCGGGGCUGUAUGCACAGCCCCCCUCAGCUUGGGAUUCCUCGGCCUUCGGUCCUUACACCCCCUCCCCUGGAUACUGGGCCGCCGAGGAACCACAAGCGCCCCACUGUGCCCCGUUGUACUUCACUUUCGGCCCGGAGGCAACGGAGGACCUGUCGCGCUUUGCUGCCUUGCAGCCCCGGUUAGGGGAGCAGGAGUCCUUCACCCAGCAGCAGCAGCAGCAGCAGCAGCAGCAGCGGCAGCAGCAGCGGCAGCAGCAGCAGCAGCAGCAGCAGCAGCAGCAGCAGCCGCACCCUUCUGCCUUGCCCUACCCGCCCAUGGCCUACCAGCAGCCCAGGCCCCUAGGAGUGAGCAGUGACCCGCUGGAAGACAACCUGUCGCACAAGGCUGGAAGCAACAGCGGGAAUGAGGGGCAGUGCGCCGUGUGCGGCGACCACGCCUCCUGCCAGCAUUACGGCGUCCGCACCUGUGAGGGAUGCAAGGGCUUCUUCAAGCGCACUGUACAAAAGAACUCCAAGUACGUCUGUCUGGCGAACAAGGACUGUCCAGUGGAUAAGAGGCGGAGAAAUCGUUGCCAAUUCUGUCGUUUCCAAAAAUGCUUGGCGGUUGGCAUGGUGAAAGAAGUGGUGAGAACAGACAGCCUUAAAGGACGAAGAGGCAGACUGCCUUCGAAGCCUAAAGCCACAUUGGACGUCUCAAACACUGAAGCUCCGGUUAAAAUGAUUGCUUCUCUUGUCAAAGCACACGUAGACUCAAAUCCAGGCAUCGGAAACCUGGAUUACUCCAAGUACCAGGACGAGGUAGUCACUCAAUCCCAGAAGGAAGAUGCUAGUGACAUCCGACAGUUCUAUGAGCUGCUGACGGCGUCCAUGGAGGUCAUCAGGAGGUGGGCGGAGACCAUCCCGGGCUUCUCUGCCUUCUGCCCCGAGGACCGGGAGCUGCUGCUGGAGUCGGCCUUCGUCGAGCUCUUCAUCCUACGGCUGGCCUACCGAUCUAACCCAGACACCGAAGAACUUGUCUUCUGCAAUGGCCGUGUGCUGCACAAGAAACAGUGUGUAGCAGGAUUUGGGGAUUGGAUUGACUCCAUCUUGGGGUUUUCUCAAAGCCUCCAUCGCAUGAAUCUGGACGUUUCCUCCUUCUCCUGCCUUACGACGUUGGUUAUAAUAAGUGACCGGCACGGCCUGAAGGAGCCGUCGCGCGUGGAGGGCUUGCAGAAUCAGCUGAUCGCCUGCCUGAGGGAUCACGUCUCUGCCUGCACCUCUGAUUCAUUCCCGCCCAACUUCUUGUCGAGGCUCCUUGGCAAGCUUCCAGAGCUUCGGACUCUGUGCACGCAGGGCCUCCAGCGCAUUUUCUACCUCAAGCUAGAAAAUCUCGUGGCACCACCGCCUCUAGUGGAAAAGAUCUUCAUGGAAACCUUUCCGUUUUGAAAAAUUGUUCUGUGCCGAAAAACCUUACCGUCUGCUAGGCUGUGAUUUCCUUCCAAAUUUGACAAUCGAGAGGAAGAAAAAGAAACUGGACCUAUUUAGCACACAUGGAGAUGGUCUAUUUGGGUCAUAAAUAUCUGUGUUAAACAUUUUUGUUCUUUUCAAUCCCAUGAACACGUGUGCAACAUACAAUUGGUGCAUGCACAUUUAAAAAAUGCUGUCUCAUGGGUAAAAUUGUCAAAGACACAAAAUGAUAUGUUUUCAGAUAUAAUUAUUACUGAUAAAUGCUGCAGUUGUCAAGUUGUAGCGGCAGACUGACCCCCAUGUGGACCAAAGGGAGAGCAUUUACGUUUGCAGCACAAAGUGAUAGGAGUGGAAGCUGGAAAGGGAGAAAUAAGCUUAACUGUUACGAGUUUAUAGUACAACAGAUAGAAAUACAUAUGUACUGCUCCAUUCUCUCUAAGGUGUCUGAACACAAGGUUCUCCCAGCUUUACUGGGACUCUGGGUACGGACAUUAUGAGGAGCACAUGACUCAGCUGUUUUCUAUUUGGGAAAGGUGGUUUAGAUUCUCUGGUAAACACCCUGGCGAAGCGGCCCUUGCCGACAAGGGCUCUUUUUGUGAGCCAAGUUUAUGACGAGAAAUGUUUGUUGAGUGGUGAUUAAGAAAUCAGGAUGGUACUCUAUUGGCAGUCAUCAGUAGUACAUGAUGCAAACGUUUGACAGGUUUUCAAGAAGCAGCUAUGCAUACAGUUUUGAAUAUAAAGUCUUACGCACAGUCCUCCAUUUAAAAUUGGAAGGCUAUAUCUGUUAGCAGUGCACAUUGCUGUUAUGUUUUGAUUCAACUUUGUCUUGGGCAUUUUAUUUGUACAUUCUAGAGACAUGUUAUGUUACAUUUGUAUUUUAGAAUAAAUAAAUAAUUUUACUUAACUUGG